AUGAAGACUCAGCUCAGCCUUCCUCCUCCCUUUCUGGAGGAGAGGACCAGGAGGGGACCAGGGGAGGACCAGGAGGGGACCAGGGGAGGACCAGGAGAGGACCAGGAGAGGACCAGGAGAGGACCAGGAGGGGAACAGGAGAGGAACAGGAGAGGACCAGGGGGGGACCAAGAGGGGACCAGGAGGGGACCAGGAGGGGACCAGGAGGGGACCAGGAGGGGACCAGGAGAGGACCAGGGGGGGACCAGGAGAGGACCAGGAGGGGACCAGGGGGGGACCAGGGGGGGACCAGGAGAGGACCAGGAGGGGACCAGGAGAGGACCAGGAGGGGACCAGGAGAGGACAGGACCAGGACUGCUGAUUGAAACGGAGGAUUCUCCCAGCUGUCCUCCUUCUCCUGCUCGUCUGUAUGAUCUCUGCAGCCAGAGAUACAAGCACUCGUACGAGAGUUACCAGCACGCACGUUACCGCGGUCGAGUGGCGCUGAGAGAUCCAGAGAUGACGGACGGAGACGUUUCUGUUGUCCUGAAGAACGUCAGCGUCAACGACACGGCAACGUACGAGUGUCGAGUUAUCGCCAGCACGACGGGACGCAACAAGACAACUCGGCCUGAGAUCAACUGUCUCGUCCACCUGGAGGUUACAGGUCACACAGCUGAAAAUGAGGAGGAAGGAAACAAGAAUGUAAAUGUCCAACUCAUAAUUGUUCCGUCGGUUGUUGUUGCUCUGAUUCUUGUUUUCAUUGUUGUUGUUGCUGUUUUGAUUCUUAGAAAACGUGAAAAGAAUCAUAUUUACAAACGUCCUGCUGGAAAUGCAGGUGAGCCGGUGACCUGAAAUGUCUCCGAUCUCUUUCCUGCUGAUGAUGUAAAAAAAGACGUCUUUUAAAGGGUCAGUGCGCUCAAAUUAACACCUACAGAGAGUAAAUAUAUUAAAGAUAGAAGAGUGCCUUUAAAGGAGAGUGAUAUUUUCCAUACAGCCAACUGGACAGAGUCAGCAGCACUAUAUAAUACAGUAUCGUCGGCAUAGAGGUGCAUUUCAAUCCAUUUUCUAGCACUUUCUUGUUUAAAAGCAGGCGGGACGGGAAAUAUUGUGGGCAGCUUUUUAAUCCUAAACUGCAGGAGCUAACGUAGCAUGGCUAGCAGGCUAACAGCAUUUCACCAGUAUUAAAUCGCUCAAGUUUAUUAAGCACUUUAUUCUUUAAGAUUUAGAACUGCAACUUCACUUCAAUAGCAAUCUUGACGGUGCAUUCACAUCUUUAUUAAAGAGUAGUGCAAAUAAAGAAGAGUAAAAAAGGAAUAAAAAAUAUGCAUUAUGAAUAGAAAAAUAUGUAGACCUGUAAAAACAGUAAGAUGUUGCACGUUGCUGAGUUGUAUAGGUUCCAUAUACACAUACAUACAUAUAUAUAUUUACAAUUUCAUAUAAUUGAUUUUGUUUAUUUUUUUAUAUAUUUUCUUUAUUGAUUACUGUUGUGUAUUUUUUUUGCUCCCAUGUGACUCUUUUCUAAAAAGCUUCUGAUGUUUAGAUGACACUGGUUUAUUAAUCAGCUGAUGAUUAAUCAUGACUUAGUUUGUCAUUAAUGUGGGAGGAAAACCUUCAACUGGACUGGAUGUUUUAUUAUUAUUAUUAUUAUUAUUAAUAAUAAUAAUAAUAAUAAUAAUAAAGAAUAAAGUUGAAGAAAAGAAACGCAGCAGGACACAUCAGGAGUAAAGACAGUCUGAGCAUCUGAUCAUGUAUUGAAAUCAUUACUGAAAGCUCAUUAAUGAUAUAAUAAUCAUAAUAAUAUUAAUGAUGUUAGAGGAACCACAGAGAUGAUUAUAUCUGACUAUGUUUCACUUCCUGCAUUUCAAAUGUUUGUUUUCAUGCUGCAGAGCUCCUCAAUGCACCUCCUAUAAGCUCUAUUAUAUUAAUAAACAUGUUUCCUUUGUUUAA